CGCGAGAGCCAGUACCAGAACCUGCGAGAAACCCAGUUCCACCACCGCGAGCUGCGGGAGAGCCAGUUCCACCAGGCGGCCCGGGACGUGGGGUACCCGAACCGCGAAGGCGCCUACCAGAACCGGGAGGCGGUGUAUCGGGACAAGGAGCGGGACGCCUCCUACCCGCUCCAGGACACUACCGGUUACUCAGCCCGAGAGCGCGACGUGGCCCAGUGCCACCUGCACCACGACAACCCAGCCCUGGGUCGCGAGCGGGGCGGGCGGGAGGCCGGGCCGGCGCACCCGGGCCGCGACAAGGAAGGCGGCUAUUCGGCGGCGGCGGUGGGCGUGGGGUCCCGGCCCCCUCGGGAGCGGGGCCAACUGAGCCGUGGCGCAUCCAGGAGCUCCAGUCCCGGGACCGGCGGCGGCCACAGCACCAGUACCAGCACCAGCCCGGCCACAACCCUCCAGAGAAAGUCGGAUGGUGAGAAUUCCAGAACAGUCAGUGUGGAGGGUGAUGCCCCAGGCAGUGACCUGAGCACAGCGGUUGAUAGUCCUGGGAGCCAACCCCCCUACCGGCUGAGCCAGCUGCCCUCCAGCAGCAGCCAUAUGGGGGGUCCCCCUGCUGGGGUGGGCCUUCCCUGGGCUCAGCGGGCUCGCCUCCAGCCAGCCAGUGUGGCCUUGAGGAAGCAGGAGGAGGAGGAGAUAAAGCGCUCCAAGGCCCUGUCGGACAGCUACGAACUCUCCACGGACCUGCAGGACAAGAAGGUGGAAAUGCUGGAGAGGAAAUACGGGGGCUCCUUCUUGAGCCGUAGGGCUGCCAGAACCAUCCAGACGGCCUUCCGCCAGUACCGCAUGAACAAGAACUUUGAGCGGCUCCGCAGCUCAGCUUCGGAAAGUCGCAUGUCCAGACGGAUCAUCCUUUCCAACAUGCGGAUGCGGUUCUCCUUUGAGGAGUACGAGAAGGCCCAGAACCCCGCGUACUUCGAGGGCAAGCCUGCCUCGCUGGACGAGGGUGCCAUGGCUGGUGCCCGGAGCCACCUGCUUGAACGGGGCCUCCCAUAUGCAGGCUCCUGUGGAGGGGGCAUCGAUGGUGGGGGAAGCUCUGUCACCACAUCGGGAGAGUUUUCCAAUGACAUCACAGAGCUGGAGGACUCCUUCUCCAAACAGGUAAAGUCUCUGGCUGAAUCCAUUGAUGAGGCCCUGAACUGCCACCCAUCGGGGCCCAUGUCUGAGGAGACAGGGUCAGCCCAGCUGGAGAAGCGAGAGUCGAAGGAACAGCAAGAGGACAGCUCAGCCACAUCCUUCAGUGACCUUCCCCUCUACUUGGAUGACCCAAUUCCCCCACCAUCCCCUGAACGACUGCCCAGCGCAGAGCCCCCACCCCAGAGCCGGCCUGAGUUCUGGGCACCAGCCCCUCUCCCGCCAGUUCCUCCACCAGGGCCACCAGGGACCCGGGAAGAUGGGAGCCGUGAGGAAGGCCCUCGAAGGGGACCUGGGUGCUCGGAGUGUCGGGAUUUCCGGCUGCGGGCCGCUCACCUUCCCCUGCUCACCAUUGAGCCUCCUAGUGACAGCUCUGUGGACCUGAGUGACCGCUCAGAUCGCGGCUCUGUCCACCGCCAGCUGGUGUAUGAGGCCGAUGGCUGCAGCCCCCAUGGGACCCUAAAGCACAAAGGGCCACCAGGCAGGGCCCCAAUCCUACACCGCCACUACCCAGCCCCAGAGGGCCCAGCCCCAGCCCCACCAGGGCCCCUGCCACCAGCCCCCAACAGUGGCACUGGGCCCAGUGGUGUGGCUGGGGCUCGGAGGCUGGGGAAGUGCGAGGCAGCAGGCGAGAACUCUGAUGGUGGCGAUAACGAGAGCCUUGAGAGCUCCAGCAAUUCCAAUGAGACCAUCAACUGCAGCUCUGGCUCCUCUUCGAGGGACAGCCUGAGGGAGCCUCCAGCCACCAGCCUGUGCAAGCAGACUUACCAGCGAGAGACAAGGCACAGCUGGGACUCACCAGCCUUCAACAAUGACGUGGUGCAGAGGCGGCAUUACAGAAUCGGCCUCAACCUCUUCAAUAAGAAGCCAGAGAAGGGCAUCCAGUAUCUGAUUGAGCGGGGCUUCCUGUCAGACACACCGGUGGGAGUGGCUCAUUUCAUCCUGGAACGGAAAGGCCUCAGCCGGCAGAUGAUAGGGGAAUUCCUAGGGAACCGGCAGAAGCAGUUCAACAGAGACGUAUUGGACUGUGUGGUGGAUGAGAUGGACUUCUCCUCCAUGGAUUUGGAUGAUGCACUCCGGAAGUUCCAAUCCCAUAUCCGGGUUCAGGGCGAGGCCCAGAAAGUGGAGCGACUCAUCGAAGCCUUCAGCCAGCGGUACUGUGUGUGUAACCCAGCCCUCGUGCGCCAGUUCCGGAACCCAGACACCAUCUUCAUCCUCGCUUUUGCCAUCAUCCUCCUCAAUACUGACAUGUACAGUCCCAGCGUCAAGGCUGAACGCAAGAUGAAACUAGAUGACUUCAUCAAGAACCUGAGAGGGGUUGACAAUGGUGAAGACAUCCCUCGAGACCUCCUGGUGGGUAUCUACCAGCGAAUCCAGGGGCGUGAACUUCGGACCAAUGAUGACCAUGUGUCCCAAGUGCAGGCUGUGGAGCGCAUGAUUGUGGGCAAGAAGCCAGUACUGUCUCUUCCUCACCGUCGACUGGUUUGCUGCUGCCAGCUCUAUGAGGUGCCAGAUCCAAACCGCCCCCAGAGGCUAGGGUUGCAUCAGCGGGAGGUCUUUCUCUUCAAUGACCUCCUUGUGGUCACCAAAAUUUUCCAGAAGAAGAAGAUCUUGGUGACGUACAGCUUCCGUCAGUCUUUUCCCCUCGUGGAAAUGCACAUGCAGCUCUUCCAGAAUUCAUAUUACCAGUUUGGAAUCAAGUUGCUGUCUGCAGUACCUGGUGGGGAGCGGAAAGUCCUCAUCAUUUUCAACGCCCCCAGCCUCCAGGAUAGGCUGCGCUUUACGUCUGACCUGCGCGAGUCCAUCGCUGAGGUGCAGGAGAUGGAGAAAUACCGCGUGGAGUGAACCCUUCAGCCUCUGCUUGAAUACCUUCAGUGACUAGGGGCUCAUUACCUGUCAAGCUCUGAUUAUUAUUCCAAGCCCUAAUUAUGAGCAACUCUUCUUUCUAAUGAAAGGCAUCAGGGAGAAGAAUCAGGGUAUUGGAGGCAGGACGCUAGUUUCAGAUCCCAGGUAUGCUACUUAUUAUCUGGGUAAGCUGGAGCAAGUCGUUUGACUCUCUGAGUCCCAAUUUCUUCCUACGUGAAUUGAGAUAAUGAACUCUCCUUCACAGAGCAGGGGAGAUUCAAUGAAAUAAGGCCGACAUAGUGUCCUCCAUGCUAGUAGGACACAAGUGUUGAACAUCCUAAGUGACCAACCAAUGUUAGUCUCCUUCCCAGCCUUUCCUCUCCUGUCCCCACAUGCUAGUUCCUUGGCUGAUUCCAGUGUCCCACCCUCCAAGCUCCAGCGACCGCACCAAAUCAUUUUGAUUGUAUAUAAUGGAAAAUAGUGAUUGCGUCUCAUUCUUCUCAAUGCUGUCCAAGUUUUUCUCCUCCAGACUAAGCAGUUACAGUUAAGUAACAUGGUAUUAAGGAGAGAGAGAGAGAAACAUUGAUCUAGAGAGAGAAACAUUGAUUCGUUGCC